AUGCCUCAUAGAGAACCUUCUGCAAAAGAAGGGGAACCGACAGAUAUAUCCAGUACACCUGCACCAGAUAUCAAAAUAAAUGGAUUGAAUAACCUUGAAAAGGAUGGUUUCCAUCUAUAUGAACCGCCAUGCAAGAGAAGAAAGAACAAUGCCGUUGCAACGGAAGAGUUUUACUCUUUGAAAAGUCCUCCUGUUAGUACUUUGACAGCAUUGGAGGCACAACUGAAAGAACAUCAAUCGGAACUGGAUAUACUGGAUAGUAAAAUCAUGGAGCAUAUGACAACGCUCGACACUUCAUUACAUAGGAGAACAGAGCUCAGG